AUGCUCAUGGUUCAGACGUCAGAGAAGUCCAGCUCUCACACAGAAGUAGAGGAGACGAAAGACAGAGGAUGUGAAGAAAGAAACAGAAGUCAAGAUGAAACUUCUGUUCUGGAGCCUGCAACUGGCCUCUCUCUGCGCGCUGUCAUCCUGGAGUGCGUCCUCAGACUCAAAAUCAGAUCCGGGUUAUCAAAUGGAACGGUCGUCAAAGUGAAAUCUAAAAAUGAGACGGUGUUGGACCAUGAAACCAAUCCAGGGGUUAGAACUUCACUCUAUGCCUUAAUCGGGCUGGCAGCGGUGGCACCAAUCCUCCUGGUCGCACUGAUCUGUGUGUGUCGGCUGCAAAGGAGACGAGCUGGAGCCGCCAGAGUCAUCUACGAGGAGCCACACUUUGACUCCGAGACGCAGGACGUGGACAAACGCAGCACCGGGUCGAGCGGCUCAUCACAGUGGUGUCAGGUCCUGCUGUACGAUUCUGUGGACUACUUCCAGCAAACGGAGUCCAGGAAGACCUGA